UGUGGAGAAGUGCCCCCCUAGUCGCCUUCACUCGGGACCCCAAUAGGCUGCAUGUAAUAUAUGUGAUGGGGCGGUAGCGGGGAACGCACUUGCAGCCAAUGAACAGGACGAUCUGCAAUCAUUCCCUGACAUGAGUUGUACACUACCGGGCUUCGGAGGGGAGAGAGCCUAGUCAGUGAACCUCUCGCCUGCUAGUAGACUGUAUGUGUGCAGGGGAUGAGCCACGGAUGACUGGACCGUCCGACCAAAGGAGAAGUAAUUGAAUUUCGUGCAAGCUUCCCGCAAGGCACAGCGUGUGUGUCUUCAUGGCGUCUCCACAACAGUCAAGGAUUCAGUCGUAUCUGGAGAGCAAUAAGAUCGGACCCUUGUUUGAGGAAUUGAUGACCAAAUUGAUAACUGAGACCCCAGACCACCCUAUCCCUUUUCUUAUUGAUCACCUGCAGACCAAGCAAGGCAGCCCUGGCAGGCUACAGAGGACUCUGUCGGGCUCUGCAGCGCUGUGGGCUGACGGCUCGGCCGCGGAGAGCAAAAGCACUCGAAGGGAGUGCAGGAACUUUGAGAAGCCAUGGCAGGUACAUCCUAAAAAACCCAAGAAAUCUAAGAGUGACCUGGCCAUGUCCAGUAUAUCCCCCCCUUCUCCAGAGUCCAAAUCACUGCCGCGGGCCAAUGAGUACCCCUGGUGGGAGUGGAGGGAGAGCAGGGACUUCGACGAGCUCAACCACAUCCUUCAGGAGAGCAAGAAGCUGGGCAAGGCCCUGGAGAGCCUGUCCCGCAGCAUCGCCAUCUCAGACGAGCUAGACCAGAACCUGGGGUGCUACGACUCCUCGCUGCGCCCGCGGGUGGUGGGGGAGUGGGUGGGCCGGCAGGAGGUGGACUCUGACCCGCUGGCGGCGGAGAUGUUGCAGCCCCCAGUCCCCCGAGCCAAGACCGAGACCUGGGGCAGCCGGGACAGCAGUCCUGCUGGGAGCCUCAAAAUGGAGGGAAAGAGCAAAGGGCUGAAGGAGCAGCAGCAGCACCACAAGAAGCUGCUGGCGGCCAUGUUGUCUCAGGACUCCUUCGACUCCGCACACAGCUCCGCCCCCUCCAUCACAGAGGAGGAGAUCGAAGACGAGGAUGAUGCCAUGGAGUUGCUGGAGGACCUGGAUGACCUGCGUAUGGAGGGAGUCACGGGGCUGGUUCCUUCGGGGAGUAAGUUCAGCCAAGGACGCAGCUCGUAUCAGUCGGAGCCCCAGGCCAAAGUCACGCUCAACAUCUGCUCCAGAUGUGCCAGGUUGCAGGGGGACAGCCUGUCGGACACGAGAAGCGUGGAAGGGCAUGCGUCUCACGUCCCGGAGCAAGCCGUACCUGACAUCUCUGCUUUGUUGCCCGGGGUGGAUACAGUGGCAGGUCGGCUGAAGGAAUUUGAAGUUGCUUCUCAGCGUCAGCCAGUCUGGGAGUCUGAUCUGAAGCCCGUGAGGGGGGGCAGCGCCGCGGGCCAGCCGCUGCUCGGAGACUCCCUCUUCUCCAAGGAGCUGGAGACCAUGGGCAAACACCUCGCUGAGGUGGAAAAGGACCUGGCCAAGUUGGCCGAGGCCGGGAAGAUGACCAGCAGAGGCCUGAACAACCCGGCCAGCAGCGGCCUCCUCAGCCCCCUGCUGCAGCACAGGACGUUGCCCAACACCCUGCCCCUCCAGAGCCUGCUCUCCAGGCCCCAGUCCCCCGCCAGCGGCCUCUCCUCCAAGCCCAGCUCCGGGGGGCUCCCCAUGCUCAGCCCCAAGCACAGCUCGCUGACCGGCGGUCGGACCGUCAGCAACCCCGGGAGCAGGACUCAAACCCCCAGAACCCCCAGCAGGCCUUUGACCCCCAACAGCCUGAUGUCACGCUCUGGAGGCCACAAGGAGGUGACCUUCAGGAGGUCCCGGAGCCGGCCCGUGACGCCCACCUGUCAGCCCAUGCGUCCCCGCCCGCUGCUCACUCCGCCGGGGCUGAGCACCACGGAUAGCCUGGGGGCCAGCCUACGGGCCUACCUCUCUGAGGAUGAGUUCUACCAGCAGCUACAGGGCAUCAGGCAGCCCUGGCACCUUCCCAGUGACCCGGAGGGCGACAUGCUGGAACCGCCUGAGCAGGACAGGAGCGGAGUACGAGACGGCAAGAAGAGGUCUGUGUUCUCAGGCCUUUAACGACGAAAGACCAGGGACACUAAUCCAAUCAAACUAUUAUGCAAACCACUGGACAUUUUGAAUAUGUGUACAGGGACAAUUAUUUUUUUAGAAUAUGAAUAAUAAAGAGAUUGUAUACUUUUUCACAAAUGCUAGUGUUUCAUAGACAAUGUAGCCCUUGGAAAUCUCUAUGAUAUCACAUGAAGAAGAAAAAAAAAGGUGCAAUAUGCUAAUUAUUUUUGUCUGCCCUUUAGCAUGCGAUUGAACUUGAAGAAAAAAAAUAAAAAGAGAUGUACUCUUUUUUUUUAAGCCCAAUAAUAAAUUAUGUUUAGGGCAGCACACACUUAUGUAUGUUUAGAGGAAAAAAGUCCUUUAUAUGCACUGUCCGGAUGUAGCACUUUGAAAGACAUAGUUGUAGAGAUUACAAAGAAUGCUGUUAUGCUAUCGGAAAAACCCUUCGGUUCACACAAUUACUUGUCAGGUUCUGUUUUUGUCAGUGUCCGAAUUAUACAUUUUUGAUUUUUUAAGUAAGACUUUUAUAUGAUUUUGACAUGCAAACAAGAAUCGAAGAGCCUGUGGAUUGUAAUUUGAAAAUUGUGCCUCUUGAAGAGCCAAUAAAAAAUACUGUAUGAAA